AUGGAGACGAUUCCGGACAUUGGAAGGUUGUUGGGUCACAAGUACAAAGAAGGCGUAACCACUGUGAGAUGUCAAAAUUGGUAUGGUCGUGGAAAGGUAUCUUACUCUGAUAUCACUGUCCUAGAAACUGCACUUGGAAAGAAUGCAGUUGUGUUUCCAUACAUAUCUGAUACCGGACACAUUGAUGUCAUUGCUAAAGCAAGCUUCAAAAGGGAUGAUGAUAAGGAGGAUGAACGAGUUAACAAAAUUAUGUCGAUGAUAACAGCAAAAGUUGAUUGGAGCAAAGUCGUUUGGGAAGUUGAGGAACCUAUACCGGUUCGAUCCAACCCAAAAAGGAACUUCAGAUUGGAGAUGAAGAAACGAUGA